AUGGUCUCCAUGCGGUCAAGCCCUCGCUUUCGACAGCUGCAGAAGAUUCAACCUGACUACUGUCCCAGCACCAUCACGCAGUAUGAGUCGGAACGCACGGGCAUGCGAGUUGUCGUGGUGGACCAGGAGGGGCCGAAGUUGCAUGGGUUCUUCGUUCUGGCCACCGAGAUUCACGACGACUCUGGCGCCCCGCACACACUGGAGCACCUUUGUUUCAUGGGCUCCAAGAGCUACAAGUACAAAGGCUUCUUGGACAAGCUCGCCACAAGGGCGUAUUCGGGCACCAACGCCUGGACCGCCACGGAUCAUACCGCCUACACGCUGGAGACGGCGGGAUGGGCGGGCUUUGCGCAGAUUCUGCCGGUCUACCUCGAGCAUGUCAUUCUUCCGACGCUGACCGACGCUGGCUGCACCACCGAAGUUCAUCAUAUUGAUGGGAACGGCAAUGACGCUGGGGUCGUGUACUCGGAGAUGCAGGGCGUGCAGAACACCGCCUCCGAGCUGAUUGAGCUGCAGUCGAAGCGCACUCUCUACCCUGAAGGCGUCGGCUACCGCUAUGAAACCGGCGGCAUGAUGGAGCAGCUUCGCGUCCUUACUGCUGAUCGCAUUCGAGAAUUCCAUCGCGAGAUGUACCAGCCAAAGAAUUUAUGCGUCGCCAUCUUCGGCGAGGCGGAUCACCCAGAACUGCUGGCUAUUCUGGACGAAUUUGAAACCUCGAUUCUCUCAGACAUUCCGAGCCCGGACGCACGCUUCAGGCGGCCCUGGAUCGAGUCCGAACUGACGCCGUCACUGCAAGAGUCGACGUUGCUAAAGGUUGAGUUUCCCGAGGAAGAUGAAUCAUUCGGUGAGAUUGAUAUCAGAUUCCUGGGUCCCGACUGCGCCGACGUGUUAGCCGCGGGAGCUCUGAAUGUGGUCCUGCUGUACCUCGCCGGCUCGUCGGCCGCUCUUCUGGACCACGUCCUCGUUGAAAAGGAGCAGCUGGCGAGCGGGAUUUACUACCAAGUCGACAGUCGUCCGCGGACCGAGAUCCAAUUUUCCAUGUCGAGCGUCGAGACCGAGCGGUUGGAAGAGGUUGAGAAGCGCUUUUUCGAGGUACUGAAAGAUGCCAUGGACAAACCAUUGGACAUGGACUUCAUGAAGGAUUGCAUCGAUCGCCAAGUGAGGACAUACAAGUUCAACGCUGAGGGCUCACCCACUGCGUUUGCCGACUACAUUAUCUCAGACUAUCUUUACGGCAAGCGAGAUGGCUCCACACUCGAGGAUGUGAAGUCCUUGAAGCCUUACACUGACACCCUGGCGGGUUGGACGGAAGCGCAGUGGAAGGCAUACAUCAAGAAGUACAUUUCCGACGCACCGCACGUGUCUAUAUUGGGCGUUCCGUCAGCACGAUUAUCGGAUAAGCUCAAAGCGGACGAAGCAACCAGAAUCGAGGAGCAGAAGGCAAAGUUGGGACCGGACGGCUUGAAGAAGAUGCAGGAAAAGCUAGACGCAGCGAAAGCCGAGAACGACCGUGAGAUACCAACAGAACUCUUGGGAAAAUUCAAGGUGCCGUUGACAGAAUCGAUCCAUUUUGUCUCGACCUCGGGUGCACGAGCGGGUCUGGCACAGGACAUUGGCAGGCGGAACAACAAAUAUCAGCAGAUCAUCGACGGCGACUCGAAAGGUGUAUCACUGUUUCUCGAUUUCGAGCACAUUCCCACCAACUUUGCUCGCGUCAACAUGAUCAUUUCAACCGAAACCCUGCCAGACGAGCUACGACCGCUACUAUCAAUCUACAUGGAAGCGUUCUUCACCCUGCCCAUCAAGCGUGGUGACGAGGUCAUCGACUUCCAACAAGUUGUGACCGAGCUCGAGCGUGAUACCGUCGGCUAUUCAAUCGACAGCGCCAGCGCCCUAGGCAACGUCGAAGGCAUCAGGAUCAGCUUUCAGGUCGAGAUAGAUCGGUACGACGUCGCCAUCAAAUGGCUGACAGAACUGCUCUACCAGUCCAUCUUUGACGUCGACAGGUUGAAAGCCAUCAACAGUCGCUUACUCGCGGACGUCCCCGACGCGAAGCGCAGUGGCGACGAUAUGAUGAUCAACGUCCACCUGAUGAGCCAUCUCUCGCCCAAAUCCAUAGGCCGUGCACGCAGCACCUUGGUCAAAGCACUGUACCUCAAACGCAUCAAGCAACUUCUGGAGAAGGAGCCAGAACAGGUAGUCAAGCAAUUCGAACGUCUGCGAAGCACCCUCUGCCGGUUCGAGAACUACCGCGUCCUGGUCAUCACCAACCUCGAGAAAGUCCACGCACCGGUGAGCACGUGGCAGCCCCUUCUCAAAAACCUGUCUCCCACGAACGAACUCACGCCCAUUGGCAAACGAAUCGAACGGCUGACUGAAGCGGGUCGCCACCCAGGAAAAUUGGCUUACGUGGUCCCUAUGCCGACCAUUGACUCUUCUUUUGCGUAUUCUGUGGCACGUGGGGCGACAUCUUGGGAUGAUCCGCAAAUGCCGGCCAUCAUGGUUGCCAUGGCAUACAUGAAUGCGGUGGAAGGCCCGUUGUGGGUUGCCGUUCGGGGAACAGGUUUGGCAUACGGCACAAACAUGGGUUACGAUAUCGAGUCCGGUUUCAUUCACCUGGACGUGUACCGCUCCCCUGACGCUUACAAGGCUUUCGAGGCGUCCAAGAAGAUUGUGCACGACCACAUGACCGGGGAGGUGGAAUUCGACCCGCUCAUGCUCGAGGGUGCGAUCAGCUCGAUCGUGGUGAGCUUUGCGAACGAGCAGCAAACUCUUGCUAGUGCGGCCGGGUCGAGUUUCGUGAGGAGUGUCAUCAAGGGUUUGCCGGAGGAUCACAUGGCGAGGAUGUUGAAGAAGGUGAGGGAUGUAGGCGUGCAGGAGAUCAAGACCGCCUUGAAGGGGGUGGUGUUUGAUAUGUUUAGGCCGGGAAAGGCGGAUAUUGUCGUCACCUGUGCGACGGGAUUGAAGGAGGCUAUCGCUGAUGGUCUCAAGGACGCGGGUUUCUCCCCAGAGAUCCGCGACCUGAACUAUUUCCAGGAUGACUACGGUUUGAAGCCUAUUGACGGUGGAGAGGAUGAUAACGAGGAUGACGUGGAGGAGGAUGAGGAUGAGGGCGAUGAUUCAGAUGACAUCGGAGGGAGCGAGGGAUAUGAGAUUGUGGAAGGGAAUGAAGAUGAUCUGGAGGAAUAG